AUGUUGACUCAAAUUUUCGACAUAAUAUAUAACGUCGACAGCCAAGAGAGUUUAAGCGACAACUUUUAUUUGACGUUGGGAAUCUUUGGGUCUUGUUGUAAAAUGUGCACUUUGUUAAUAAGUCGUGAGAAUUAUGCAAUUUUGAUCAACACUCUUCAUAAGGAACCAUUCGUACCGGUGAACACCGAUGAAAUCAAAAUUCGAACGAGAUUCGACAAAUUGGCAAAAUGGAACGCGAUUGCCUACAUGACGGUAUUCGAAUCCUGUUUAGGAUGGAUGAUCGCUACGUCGAUCGUUCCAGAUUUCAGAAGUCGUCAAUUAACGUAUCGAAUCUGGUUACCGUACAACUAUUCUUCUUCCUUUGUUUUUGCUAUUACCUACGGUUACCAAGCUGUAGGUAUGACGAUCGGCACGCUUGUGAACAUUGCUUGCGACAGUCUUUUCAGUGGUUUGUUAAUUCACACGUACUGUCAAUUCGAAAUACUCCGACAUCGUCUGAAGCAUAUUGUAAAGAACCAAAACGAUUCGGCGAAACAGUGUGCUUAUCUUCAUAAUCAUAUAUACAAAUUCGCCACGAUGGUGAACAAUGAAUUUAAGACGAUGGUACUUAUACAGUUUCUGGUGAGUAUUACGAUGUUUUGCUUCGACCUUUACCUGUUGACGCAAAUUGAGGUGGGCUCAAAAUUUAUGGAAAUGAUGCUCUUCGCGAUGUGUACGCUUAUGCAAAUAUUGUACUACUGUUGGUACGGGAACGAAAUUAAACUGAAGAGUCUCGAAGUACCGAACAUGGUAAUUGAAAGUAACUGGACGUCUUUGGACAACGACGCUAAGAAAAUUCUUUUAAUGAUUAUGAAACGUGCGACGAAACCCAUCGAAUUUUCCAGCGCGCAUCUCGUGUCUAUGAAUCUCGAAACAUUUAAAACAAUAUUAAAAACCUCAUACUCCGCGAUGAGCGUGCUCCAACAAGAUAAAAUUCAUUAG